AUGGCGCCCUCUCAGGAUCCCGCCCACGUGGAAGGCGGCGGAAAACUGCCCGUCCACCACACCGAGUACUCGGGAAACAACUCUCAGGUCGAGCUCAUCGAAGCCGCCGUCACAGCCAGUGAUGCCGAGGCUCUCAUCCCCAAGAAGGAGCUGUUCAACCGGUACUGGCCCGCCGUGACAUUCAGUAUGCUUCUGAGUGUUGCCCUGGUCAUGGAGGGAAUGGAUGUCGGUCUCAUCAACAACUUUUUCGCUCAUCCUGCUUACCUCAAGCGCUUCGGAUGGCCCGAUGCUAAUGGCGAACAACAUAUUUCUACAAAGUGGCAGGGUGCCAUCGGUGCUGGAAACAACUGUGGUUCUAUCGUCGGUCUCUUGCUCAACGGUUUCCUCCAGCAGCGAUUUGGUUCUCGACGUGUUUACAUGUUCGCCAUGUCUCUUAUGGCCUGCACCAUUUUCGUCCUCUUCUUCGCCACCAGUGUCGAAAUGCUCCUCAUAGGUAACCUCCUCUGCGGUAUCCCUUGGGGUAUCUUCCAGACCCUCACCACCGCCUACGCCGCCGAAAUUUGCCCCGCCGCUCUCCGAGGAUAUCUUACUGCCUGGGUCUCCAUGUGCUGGGGAGCUGGAAGUUUCUUGGCCACCGGUGUCCUCCGUGGCUCUCUCGACCUUAAGGGCGAUGCCGGCUGGCGCGUUCCCUACGGUCUCCAGUGGAUGUGGAUUCCUCCUCUGCUGGUCGUCGCCUUCUUCGCCCCCGAGUCUCCCUGGUACCUCGUCCGACGCGGCAAGCUCGAGGAGGCUGAGCACAGCCUUCGUCGUCUUGCACGCAAGGGCCACUACACUGAUGAGACCAUGGCUCAGACUCUUGCUCUUAUGAAGCACACCAACGAGAUGGAGAAGAUUGAGGCUGCAGAUGCUAGUUUCAUGGACUGUUUCCGUGGUACCAACCUUCGCCGAACUGGUAUUGUCUGCAUGGCCUGGAUCAUCCAGAUUCUCAACGGUCAAUCCAUCACCAGCUUUGCUGCUAUCCUGCUCAAGUCUGUUGGAAUGAGCGCCACAAACGCUUUCAACUACAACAUGGGUAUCCAGUCCGUCAACAUCUUCGCCACCGGUAUUGCCAUUUCCCUCAUGGGUAGAGUUGGCCGUCGUACAUUCUACUUCUACGGUUCUUCCGGAAUUGGUCUUUGCAUGUUGAUCAUCGGUAUUCUCGGCUUCGUCUCCGAUGGUGACAGUGUAGCCAUCACCACCGCUGCCUUCCUGGUUGUCGUUCAGUGUAUCUUCAAGGUCUCCCUUGGCCCUACUACCUACGUCGUCGUCGCCGAGACAGCCUCCAGCCGUGUCCGCGCCCACACCAUUGUCAUCGGUCGUGCUGUCUAUGUCUGUGGUCAGAUCAUCGUCCAGCAGCUCAACCCCCGUAUGCUCAACAGCAGCAGCGACGCCUGGAACUGGGGAGCCAAGACUGGAAUGUUCUACUUUGGUCUUUGCUUCAUCUGGGCUAUCUGGAUCUUCUUCUUCCUUCCUGAGACCAAGAACCGUAGCUUUGCCGAUCUUGACUACCUCUUCCAGAAGAAGACCAACGCCCGCAAGUUCGAGACUACUCCCGUUGACUUGUUCGAGGUUGUCCCCCCUCGCGGCGACGAUAAGCUUCAGGGUGUUGAGAUCACUCCCGUCAACACCAACACUGCGGGCGCUGAUAUUGAGUCGGGAAAGAAGCUCUAA